CGGAAGCCUCCUACUUGUUAGAGCCUUUGAUAGUGCUUAACCUAGACAAGCCGGAAUGCACUGACAAAAUAUUUUGUGUAUUGACAGGCUAACUUGUCUUGCCUUUUCUGAUCUAAUUUUCAAACAAAAACUGCAUGAAGGCUGCUGCAUCAGCAAGUCCCUGUUCAGUGCCUUUUGCCCUUCCCCCACCACCCUUCGUCGGGAGGCAGAGUUGAGUUACCUGAAGUUACAAUCGAGACUUAUCCCUAUUUCUGCGUCAUUACCUCAGAGGAUAGAUUAUAUUAGUUACUUUUCAUUCAAAUAGAAGUGUGAAUCAGAGAUUAAACAGGCACAGUUCACUCUCUUUGCUCUAAGUUUAAGUACUAAGGGAAGUUCUACCCCAUGCUGAUUCUUGGAAAGGUAGGCGGUGAUUGGGUGAAAAAUAUAAUGACAUGCGGCUGUAGAUUCAGGAAAGUGCUGGUAACAGACAGCACCGUAUCAUCACCUCAUUUCAGACGAGGGCAAGUGUAGAUAACUCCGGUUCAUUUAGCGUGUCCUAAUGUGCAAUUCUAAAUUACCUGUACAAUCUUUUUUAUAAUGCAAUGCGCCCAUGCUUACAUUAAUUGUAGAGCUGAUCAAGAUAUGCAAGUUCGAUUGUCGUCAUCUCUGCUGGUAAUUAAAGUAUUUAAUGAAGAUGGCACCAGUCAGACAUUGGAGGUGCCAAGUGACAUCAUAGCUCGUGAUAUGUGUCAGUUGUUUCUCAAGAAUAAUCACUGUGUCAAUGACAAUACCUGGACACUCAUUGAGUACCUUCCUCGUCUUGAUAUGGAAAGAGUUGUAGAAGAUCAUGAAUCGGUGAUUCAGUUCCAAUCAACGUGGGGGAUGGACACUGACAGCAGACUAUAUUUCAGAAAAAAUUCUGCAAAAUAUGAAUUCUUUAAAAGCCCUUCAUAUUUUCCAGAGCACAUGGUGACCAGCUGCAGUGAGUCAAAUGGAAGCUUAAGUCAUUCUCAGUUAAUACAGAAUUUCUUGAAUUCAAGCACGUACCCUGAGGUUCAUGGUUACCUUCAUGCCAGAGAACAAGGAAAAAAGACAUGGAAGAAAUGUUACUUUGUUUUGAGAAGAUCUGGGUUAUACUUUUCUACAAAAGGAACUUCUAAGGAACCAAGACAUUUACAGUUUAUGGCUGAGUUUAGUGAAAGCAACGUUUACACGCUGUUAUCAGCAAGAAAGAUGUAUGGAGCACCAACAAACUUUGGAUUCUGCAUUAAGCUUCACAAAUCAAGAGGUACCAGAGACUUGAAAUUACUUUGUGCAGAAGAUGAACAGAGUAAGAUGUGUUGGGUGACAGUGAUUCGACUUUUUAAGUCUCUUGUUUUGCAGUAUGGAAUGCAGCUGUACCAAAACUAUAAAAUACCACAGCAAAGGAGAGAGAGUCUUACUUCCCUGAAUUCAUCACCAAUGAGAAGCGCCUCAGAAAACUCUCUGGUAGCCAUGGAUUUCUCUGGACACAAAGGAAGAGUAAUUGAAAACCCUAUGGAGGCACUUACAGUUGCUACUGAGGAGGGGUUGGCAUGGCGGAGGAGAAGCUGUCAUCGUUUGAACGCAUAUGGAAGUCCAACCACAUCGCAGAGCACUACAUCAUGUCAAGCCAUUCAUAGGAUGCAGCUAUGGUUUCAUCACCGACUCUCCAGAGAUGAAGCUCAAAAACUAUUAGAACAACAAGGCCUUGUGGAUGGGAUGUUUUUACUACGGGACAGUCAAAGUAACCAGAAAAGUUUUGUUUUGUCACUAUGCCAUUGUCAGAAGAUAAGGCAUUUUCAGAUUGUACCGCUAGAAGAAGACGGAGAAUCAUACUAUUCCCUGGAUGAAGGUCACACCAAAUUUACUGAUCUUAUCCAGCUUGUGGAUUUUUAUCAACUCAACAAGGGUAUGCUGCCAUGCAAACUGAAACACCACUGUGCUCGAAUUACACUUUAAUCUCUGAAGCCAUCAGCUCAUCUGGAAUUUGUGAAUAACAAAUAUGGUGUGAGCUCAGGAUAAACAGACCAAAACUCUGCAAGGGUACUUGUUAAUGUCUAUUGUGUCUCAAAGCAAGUAGAAACUGAGUGGAAUCAGAUUGUUAACUUCAUUCAAGUCAGAAUCUGGUUGAUUUCAUCUGAUUUGUACUUGAGGAUCACUUUUUCUGUUAAAGACCAGAUUAUCAGAACAAAAUGAAUAAAUGAGUAUAAGCCAUAGUGCUCAAGGGAAGCAAUCACGAGAAAACAGUUUCUGCUUAACAGUUUCUGAUUUUUUUUAAUAGUACAUUGAAAUGGCUUAUUAUUCAUUGCAUACCAUGAAUAUUAAAGCACAACAUUUGUCAAAAGAUUGAUUCAUCAAAUGAAGAAAAUGAUCGUUAGGAUCAUUAGCAAAACAACCUCAAUUGCUUCUUUCAAAGUUACCAAAUGUGCAGAUUCAGACAAAUGCCAUUUUGUUUAGAAGUUGAGAACUGUGCUUUGAAUUAACUUUUGGUGGAUAUUGCCUGUGAAGGAAAUGAUUGCAGUGGAUUUGUAUAUACAGAUUUGCUUUGCACAAUAUAAUUUUAAAUAUCAAACAUUCUUAAAAUGUGUUGAGUCACUUAAUAAUUGUCUUUGUUUGUAAUAUAUUUAAGGAAAUAAUCACCUGAGUUACUGAAUACUUCUGCAUUGUAUGAAAUACAUUGACAGCAAAUGUAUUGUAGCAAUGAAAUUGACAUUCUUCACAGCGACUGUAUAAAUACUUGAUCAUUUCCUUAUGAAUCUCUCAUCUAAAUCUUCAUGGUUGAUUGUAAGAAUAGACUUUGCUACAAACAAAGUUUUUUGGAGAUGGAUCCACAUGUUAUGACCAAUGUAGGUUAUAAAUCUAUCCCAUGAAUUAUGUCUGAUGAGAACUGGCUUUACUAGGUUUUAAAAUUAAAAUUAACUUGUUUCUCACAAACAGUAUUUGUACCUUUUUUUAAAGUGUGUUAAAGAAAUAUUUUCAUGUAUAAAAUAUUCUGAUCUGACCAAAACGUUUGCCAUGAUAUUUAAAAAUAGUUCACAUCAUUACAUCAUUGUGAAAAUGAAUUUAUUUUCCAAAUAUAAAUCAGAAGUAAUUCUGUUCUGUAGACACUGGCGAAUUUGCACUUUGUGCUGUGCUUUUACAAUUAAAAUAUUUAUUCUGCUGUAAAAUAAUUUUAACAUCACAAUGUGAGGAAAUUAGUUUCAUCCUCUAACCUCAAGAAAUGAAGUCACCUUUCUGGUGGAUUUUGGGUACUGAGGCAGAUAACUCCAAUCAGAAAUUUCUUAAGUUGCCAGACUGACUGCAGUAAAAUGUACUCAGGAUUGCAAGAUUUUCACUCUAGGGUGUGAUCAGUGUGUAGGCGGGUGAUUAGGGAGGAAAGAAGGUAGGAUUGUUGGUGGGGAUGGUAGGAGGCGGAAUGGUUUGGGGGGGGGCAAGUGCAGGAUAAAAUUGGCCCACGAAGCUCAGAUGCAAAUCCCCUACCUGAGAACCAUAUUGAAAUAGGAAAUAGUAGUUGACCUAUUGAAGCAGUUGAGAAGGUUUUUCUUUUGAUAAUGUCUGACAGCCACAGGCAGGUUCUUGAAAAAGUUUGCAAAUCAGGGUCUUUUUUUAAAAAAAAAACUUUGGAUCAUUGGCAAGUAAUUAGACUUUAUUUGCUUUUCAUGAGCAUUUAUGCCUAUUCCAGGUUAUAGCCCUUUCUGUAGCCAAAAUGGGUUCUGUUUAAAGUUAGUAACCGGUUCAAAUGGUGAAUUUGUGGUUCCAUCCUUUGUGAGUCACUGCCUGUUGCAUUUGCCCUCAUGCUAAAAUGAAAUCUGGGUAUGGGGGCCAGAAUUAUGCAUCUGGAUAUCACUCAACAUUUCUAAAUAUCCACAAAAUCUUCAUGGUUCCAUGAAAAUCGGGCCUCUUACUAUGUGCCCAUACUGCACUAACUUCUUAGAAGUCUUCACUUUUGGUUGUUCCUUCCAGGCGGCAUUAUUUGUGAUUUUUGAAGGGGAAGAAAGCUGUUUUGAAUGAGUUUUCUUAUGUACGUACUUUACAAAACAUUGUUUGAAGUGUCAGCUUGCAACAGAAAUGUUGGGUGAAGCAUUUACAGAUCCUGCUAUUUUCUGUUAAAGGAAAUUAUGCUUCAUUGUCUAUUUCCACAUGAUGAAUAAAGUU